AUCGAAACAAUUUCAGUUGACUACCGACCGCAAUAGAAUCAACUUGAUUCCCCCCGUUUCCAACAUCGUUGGUCGAGUGCUGUGCAACGAACAAGUUCGUUUUAAUUUGGUUUACAGUGAAAUAGUGGGAAAAUCCAUUGUGUCUGGCAGCUUAGCAUCUUAUCAGUUAACCAGGCAUGGAAAUGGAGAUAAUUAUCGUACGGAUGUUCGCCUUCUUCCUACUCUUGCAAUCGCACACUGUUUCUUCCGAGCUGUUUACAGCGCUGGCCGAUAUGGAGAGCCUGGUGUCGACAGAGUCGGAACUUGUGAGACACCUUGAUAAUUACAUUCAAGAUGAAGAGAUCAGAUUGAAGCAAUUAAGAAGUUUUCUAGAGGAAUACGAAACAAUGCACCAGGAAGCCAGUGCGGACGUGUCAAAGUUUUUGGCCAGUCCGGUGAAUGCGUAUUUACUUGUCAAGCGUCUUACCUCCGAUUGGAAGAAAGUUGAACGAGUCAUUUCUCGGAACGCUGGUUCUGUCUAUAUUAAGAAUAUCACUCAGCACCGGACCUCGUUACGUUUCCCAUCUGAGGAGGACUUGAAUGGGGCAGCCGUUGCUCUUAUGCGACUCCAAGAUACUUAUAAACUAGACACUCACGCCCUGGCCGAAGGCAAAGUUUUGGGCAAGAAGAGCUCUCGUCAACUGACAGCUGAUGAUUGCUGGGAACUGGGUCGGCAGUCGUACAACAACGGUGACCACUACCACACGGUUCUCUGGAUGGCAGAAGCUUUGAACAAAUUUGAAGACGAAUCAAACAAAACUGUCACCCGCCAAGAUAUCCUCGGAUAUUUGGCCUUUUCGACGUACAAACAAGGUAAUGUGAAAGAGGCCCUCCACUUAACUCGAGAGCUCCUCAAGAUGGUCCCCUAUCAUCAGCAAGCACUUGACAACAUCAAACACUACGAAAAACUCCUUUUUCAACAGGGAGUGUCUGAUGAGAAGGCCAGCAACAUGGAGGAGCGAUUCAAUACUACUAAAUUAAAAUUGAACAAAUCAAUUGGAACCUUUGGAUUGCGGAGAGAUCACUGGGAUAAUUAUGAAAAACUAUGCAGAGGGGAAAAGUUGUUGGAUCCCAAAGUCGAAGGCCGUCUCCGAUGUCGUUACGUCACCAAUAACGUGCCGUUCUUCUUCAUUCAACCCGUUAAGAUGGAGGAAGCCUUGCUCAAACCACUUCUUGUCAUUUACCACGGUGUUAUCUUUGAUGCCGAGAUUGACGUCGUCAAAAAGCUGGCUCAGCCAAGAUUCAAGAGAACCGGUGUUACAGACAGAGACACGGGUAGAAGUAUGCCAGUCCAGUAUCGUAUUGCCAAAGCGGCCUUUUUGAAAGACAGUGAGCACAAUCUCAUACUAAAGAUGUCUAGACGAGUUGGUGAUAUUACUGGACUGGACAUGGACGCCUCUGAGGAUUUGCAGGUUUGCAAUUACGGAAUCGGUGGACACUAUGUGCCCCAUUUUGAUUACGCCAGGCAAGGGGAAAUUCACGGUCCCAGAGAUUUGGACUGGGGCAAUCGCAUUGCUACUUGGCUAUUCUACAUGAGCGAUGUUGAGGCUGGUGGUGCGACUGUCUUUCCGGCUGUUGGCGCAGCUCUUUGGCCACAGAAAGGAAGUGCUGCCUUUUGGUACAAUUUGCGUCCAAAUGGAAACGGUGACGAAGACACCCUCCACGCAGGUUGCCCCGUCCUUACUGGAUCAAAAUGGGUAUCCAACAAAUGGAUUCACGAGAGAAGUCAAGAAUUUCGUCGUCCUUGUGAUUUGCAAUUUAAUGCAUGAAAUUAUGUUGUCUGAUGAUAAGCAACGAAAUAAUAAUAAAACGUAUGAAUUGUAUUUUUUCCUUGA